GAGGAUUUGGUGCUAGCGUAGAGUGCGCAUGCGUGUAUUGACCGCGCUGGGGAUGUGUGCAGGGUUUGGACGCUGCUGCUGCGAAGAUGUCAGUACUUGGCACUGGAGUAAUAAACCAGGGUCGCCAUAUUGGGCUUCAGCAGCUGGAAGCCUUGGCUGCUGCAACUCAUGCUUUUUUGGGUCCCAACAAGGCCUACAAAUUCAUCCAAGAUGACGCUAGUGAGGAGGCAGCACUGGUCUGCUCCUGUUACCGUCUGCUGGAGCAGCUUGAGCUCAGGGACUCUGUGGGUCAGCUGCUGUAUGAGACCACUCGGUCCCAUCAGGAGGCACUGCACUCAGGCACGAGCACACUGGUUUUCCUGGCAGGAGUCUGGAGCAAGGUGGCACUGGAUUGUCUUCACAAAGGCAUCUUAAUUCCACAUAUAAUAGCUGGCAUGUCAAAAGGCCUAGACCUGUGUGUGGAGGCCUGCAUGCGUAAUGCUGUGACUGUGGAGGAGGUUGUAUGUAAGGGCGCUCUACUGAAGCAACCGAGUGGUGGUGAUUGUAUGAAGCCUGAGGAUGGCUUACCUCCAGAGCUUUCACUGACUACAGGGGGAAAGGAAUCAUCUCAGAACCCUAUUCGGAUGAUAAAUAACCUGGAAUCCAUCAAAGAGACACUUCCAACAAAGCAUAGAAUAAAACUCAAGCACAGCAGGCAUUUUACUUCAAGUAGCAACGAGGCUGAGGGGACACAGUCAGCCGAAACUUUGUGCCAAAAGAGCUCAAAAACAUUCAACAUAGUUCAGCUAGCUGAAGCUGUCAGCCAUGGCUGUGAGUCUUCCAUGAGUUUAGUGGUAGAGGCUAGCAGGAUUCAGUCUAGACAUGGAAAACAUAAAGAUCAGAGUCAGGUUCUAGAUGUUGAAAGAUUGGUGACAUGCCCUUUGCCAGGGCUCUCUGAGGAGCACUCUUGUGUACUGCAUGGAUAUGUCUUAUUGUUGUGUGUUGAGCAGGCAUCACUAGUUAAGCGUUUAAAAGAGCGGACGCUAAAAAUCAGCCUAAUGAAUGGUGACUUGAGUGAGAACUACCGUCACGUAGGUUUCAACAGGCCUAAAAACAUCACAUAUGUUAGUGAUUGCUCUUCCCUGACAGGGAUCAGCCGAGAGCAGGAAUGGAUAGAUGGUGCACUGGGAAAACUUCUGAAGCUCCGUGUAGAUGUUCUUCUUGUGAGUGGAGUGGUCACUGCACAACUGAAAGACCACUGCCUUAUUCAUAACAUUCUGGUCAUCGAGCGCGUGAAGGCAAACAUUUUGAAAGACUUUGCUAUGACUACAGGAGCUAUUCCCAUCUCAUAUAUCACACAGCUCAGUGAGCGUUGUGUGGGUUCUGGAGUCUGCGUGAACGUGCUGAGAGAGUAUCGUGGUGAAGGGAAGACUGAAAACAUACUGUUGAACGUCAUUGCUAGUGGAACUUCUCUGGUCACGGCAGUCAUCGCUAGCUCAGUCCAUGCUAAGCUUCAGAGCAUGGUGGACCAGUUCUGGAGCUGUGCUUAUCGGUUGCACCUUGCGCUCAAAGAUGGAAAACUUCUACCUGGUGCAGGGGCUGCUGAACUGCUGUGCAUUCACCAGCUCUACAAAUGCAUAGACAUGUCUCGAUCCACUAUAGCUGGCCAGGGAGAGGCAGCAAGAGCACCAGCACCAUAUGAGACCACGAUUCUGCAGCUGAUGGCAGACAGCUGGAUGGACUAUAUUUCCACUCUGAUGGUGAAUGCUGGUCAAGUUGUGGCCAAAGUACAGGCAUGGACAAGAAUAGCCCAGCACCUAAAAGACUUUGAGCGCAGGAGCUCUCUGAAAAAUGAGAUGCCAGAGACUCUUCUGAAAACGUAUUUUUACACAAAAGCGUUACGAGGAGAGAAAGAAAGUGAAGGAGAUAGGAUGGUGGAGAGAGAAAGAGAAAUGGUGAGAGUGUAUGAUAAUGUGACCGUGAAGUCUGAGGCUUGGAGAAGAGCUCUGGAUCUAGUGUUUUUGAUCCUUCAGACAGACACAGAGAUUAUUGUGGGAAUAAAUGAGCAAGAAAGCCAACAUAGAGAUGUCAUGUUUCUCUGA